UUCUCCGGGAGCGCAGGGGGUGAUGCGCCAAUGAGGGACUCGGGUCGGGUCUGAGGUUUGAGGAUGGCGGAGCUGUGGAGCCACAACACCACGUCCUCCUGGAACCGGUCCGCCGCCGGACAGAACAGGUUCAGCAGCCUGGAUGACAUCGACGUGCCGGCGGACGGCUCCCCGACCCUGCGCAUCCUCAUCUCCAUCGUGUACUCGGUGGUGUGCGCCGCAGGGCUGGUCGGGAACCUGCUGGUGUUCUUCCUGAUGAAAGUGCGCCGGGGCAGGAAGAAACGCUCCAGCAUCAACCUGUUUAUCCUCAACCUGGCCGUCACGGACUUCCAGUUCGUGCUGACCCUGCCGUUCUGGGCCGUGGACACGGCUCUGGACUUCAGCUGGCCGUUUGGAAACGCCAUGUGUAAGAUCAUACUCUCAGUGACGGUGAUGAACAUGUACGCCAGCGUGUUCUUCCUCACCGCCAUGAGCGUCACCCGGUACUGGUCGGUGGCGUCCGCGCUGAAGGACCGGACUCGGCGGCGGGUGUGCCCGGUCCGCUGGGUGAUCGCCGGGCUCUGGGUCUCGGCCACGGUGGCCUCUUUGCCCACUGCGAUCUUCUCCACGGUGAAGAGCGUGGCCGGGGAGAGGCUGUGCCUGCUGGGCUUCCCGGACGGCCAGUCGUGGCUGGCGCUCUACCACCUCCAGAAGAUCCUGGUGGCCUUCGUGUUCCCCAUGCUGAUCGUCACCGUGUGUUACCUGCUGCUGCUGCGCUUCGUCCGCCUGCGCAGCAUGAACAACAACCAGGUGAAGCGCAGGUCCCGGGUGACCCGCUCCGUCACCAUCGUCGUCCUCUCCUUCUUCAUCUGCUGGAUGCCCAACCACGCCAUCACCUUCUGGGGCGUGCUGGUGAAAUUCAACGUGGUUAACUGGGAUAAGACGUACUACAUGGUGCACACCUACGUGCACCCGGUAACCGUGUGCCUGGCGCACACCAACAGCUGCCUGAACCCGGUGCUGUACUGCCUGAUGCGCCGGGAGUUCAGGAAGAAGAUGAAGGAUCUGUUCUGGAGGAUUUCCUCGCCCACCGGGACGAACACCUGCCACCUGCGCCCGUUCUCCGGGACGGUGAGAGCGGAGCCCGACGACACACAGAUCGUCAUCCCGCUGAACAACGUGGAGACGGAGAACUGCAGACUGUCCGUGUUGACGGACCAGUGCGACACGGACGCGCUGCAGCGGUGAACCAGCCUUAAUAAAAAAAGACACAAUCUUUAACUGAUCGAUGACCGGACUCAAACUUCCUCCACAAUGUCGGUGAUUUUCUGGACUUUUCUCUCAGUAAUCAUGACGCUGGAGUUUCAUCCUCUUGUCUCAGCUUUUAAAGAAGCUACACGAUCGUAUUUCAGCUCGUUGUUUUGGAGAGCAGCUGUGCCAAGUCAGUCAAGCACCGGAUAAACCAUCUAAACGUGGCGUAUUAAAUGUUCUACAUUUUGCUUCAGAGGAAUUUUAUAUAUUUUUAUCACAUUUUAAAGGCGUGAAAAUGAAAAGAGGAGAAAUAACAACUGUGCGUAAAAAUGCGCAUUGAGGCGCGCUGCGCAAAAGCGUCCAGCUGCGUUUCUGCUUCACCUGAGUCGGACUGGGAUCUCACAUGACAGUAAUGUUGGUAAUUUUUGUUUUUUGGUUUUGGGAAAACUGAUUUUUUUUUUCCUAUAAACGAGCGCAGACUCAGUGUCUCAUCCAAUGCUGCUUCGCUCUCUAAAGUGCUCUCUGUGCAGACUUGAUGUUCCCAGCAGAAGAACCACAGUCCGGAGGAUUCAGCUGCUGCUGCUGCUUCAAACAUCAUUCUGUGGAGUAUUAUUGACGUUUGUUGUGGCUGGUGUGUAAAAUGUACAAGCUUGAGUAAGUGAAUGUAAAAAAAACAAA